AUGGCCACUCAGAUCCCACAAAGGUCUGCCAAGCGGCAACGGUUGGCGGAUGAAAAGGCUGCUCGCGAGGCGGCGUCGCUGCAGGCUCAAGGCCAACUCGGUCCUUGCACCGAAACGCUCGUGAUCCAGUUCCAAUCUGGUCAAGAUGGCUCCUUGCUCGGUCCCACGAUCACUCUACCAGGUGCUACAGGCCAGAAGGAACUCGAAGCCAUCAUCAAUCAGCUUCGACGUCAGCUCAAGCAAACGCAAGCUCCCAAAAAGCGAUCGGUAGACGAUCCUGAUACAGGCUCCGAUGAUGAUGACGACGACGAUGACCAAGACUUGCCGUAUGCCUUCCACGUCGAUGUGCAACAGCUGGUCGCAAGCGCCGGUGGCAAGAGCGAAGAAACCGAGCAACUUGUCAAGAGCAAUGCGCGCUUGCCUAUCAAUCAUUCUCUCACCCAAGAUGUACUCAACGCGCAGGCGGCAAAGAAGCUCGGUCUGAGCCAAGAAGAUACUCUUACGGUCGUGUUUGAGCCACAAGCAGUUUUCAAGGUACGACCUGUCAGUCGAUGCUCGAGCACGAUGAGCGGUCAUGCUUCUCCUAUUCUUUGCAGCACCUUCUCACCAACCGGCUCAUUGCUGGCGACAGGUGCUGGCGAUAAGACGGCGCGUCUGUGGGAUCUCGAUACGGAAACGCCGAUGCACACGCUCGUUGGCCACUCGAACUGGGUUCUUUGUGCCGAGUGGGAAGGGAGGGAACGUAAGCUCGCCACCGGUGGAAUGGACGGAGAGGUGUGGAUCUGGGAGGCGCUUGACGCGCGCUUUACGGGGCGUAAAGCAUGGCUCUCACGGUCGGGCGAGCAAGUGGAUCAAGAGUGGCAGACCGAGCAGGAGCAGCUGCACGACACUGCCGAGACGGCCGAAUCCAACGACAAGCCUGCCAAGAUGGGUGUCAAGCAACGUAGAGCAGCGCGGAACGCUGCACCUUCAGGCAAACCUCUUCGCGGCCAUACAAAGUGGAUUACUUCACUCUCCUGGGAACCGAUCCACAUGAACCCGACGCAGCCGCGUCUCGCCUCUUCGUCCAAGGACGGUACGGUUCGCGUGUGGAAUGCCACUCUGCGCCGAUGCGAGUACGUGCUCGGUGGACACACGGCGUCGGUCAACUGUGUUCGUUGGGGAGGCGAGGGCGCCAUCUACACGGCUUCGUCGGAUCGAACCGUCAAAGUGUGGUCUGCCGACGGUGGAAGACUCCUGCGCACGCUCAACGAGCAUGCACACUGGGUCAACACGAUUGCUCUAUCCACCGAUUUUGUCGUGCGUACCGGUCCGUUUGACCACACUGGGCGCGCGUCUUGUUCGUCGUCGGCGUCGUACGUGCAACCUAGCGACGAGGACGCGCAAGCAUGCGCGCUGAAACGAUACAACCAAGCUACGUCCAACGGUACGCGUCCUGAAACCAUCAUCACUGGCUCGGACGACCACACGUUGUUUUUGUGGCCACCUCAAAUGAAUGGGUCUGCAUCGACACCCAAGAAGCCCGUUGCGCGCUUGACGGGCCACCAAAAGACGGUCAACCACGUCGCUUUCUCACCUGACGCAAACAAGAUCGCCUCGGCAUCCUUUGACAAUAGCGUCAAACUGUGGGAUGCGCAAACCGGCAAGUUCAUCGCUACGCUCCGAGGCCACGUCGCUUCUGUUUACCGUCUCGCCUGGUCCAGCGAUUCGCGAUUGCUCGUGUCCGCAAGCAAGGACUCCACCUUGAAACUCUGGGAUCCCAUCAAGACGUUCAAGAUCAGAAAGGAUCUCCCCGGUCACACCGACGAAGUGUACUGCGUCGAUUUCGUCGCUGACAAGGUCGCCAGCGGAGGACGCGAUAAGAACGUCAAGAUCUGGCGUCAUUAG